GCGCGAUGGCGCGGGAGGCGUGGUCUCGCAUGGGGCGUGGCCGGGCGCUGCCGCCGUCGCCGCCGCCACCCGAGGGGCGCGCGCGGGACCGUGAGGGCGGCUGGAGCUGAGCAGGAUAAAAUCCGGAAGCCGCUGGAGCAGCGCCGCCCUGUCACCAUGGGCUCCACGGAGUGGGAGUGUGGCUGACAUUUCCAUUUCCCCUUCACGCCACAGAGCGUUAAACACACCAAAAAAAGGAAGAAUUCCCUCUGGGCCGCCGAGGAUGUUGAACCCCGCGGAGGAGCAGCCGCGAACGAAGGCGGCGCGCCUCGUGUCCGUGUGACGGGCGGGAUUUUGGGCGGCAAUGCGGGGAUUGCUGGGGACGUCGCGGGGCGGCAGCGUGGCGCUGCGCUGGCUGCUGCGCUGCCUGGGCGCGCUGGGGCUGCUCGGCGCGCGGCCCGGCGGCGCGCACAGCCUGUUCUCCUGCGAGCCCAUCGCACUGCGCAUGUGCCAGGACCUGCCCUACAACAGCACCUUCAUGCCCAACCUGCUCAACCACUACGACCAGCACACGGCCGCCCUGGCCAUGGAGCCCUUCCACCCCAUGGUGAACCUGGAAUGCUCCCGGGAUUUCCGGCCCUUCCUGUGCGCGCUGUACGCCCCAGUGUGCAUGGAGUACGGGCGGGUGACGCUGCCCUGCCGCCGCCUCUGCCAGCGCGCCCACAGCGAGUGCUCCAAGCUCAUGGAGAUGUUUGGGGUCUCCUGGCCCGAGGAUAUGGAGUGCACCAGGUUCCCAGACUGCGACGAGCCCUAUCCUCGCCUGGUUGACCUCAACUUGGCCGGCGAGCCCACGGAGGAGGCGCCGAUGGCCGUCCAGAGGGAUUACGGCUUUUGGUGUCCCCGGGAGCUGAAAAUCGACCCCGAGCUGGGCUACUCCUUCCUCAGGGUCCGGGACUGCUCCCCUCCCUGCCCCAACAUGUACUUCCGCCGGGAGGAGCUGUCCUUCGCCCGCUACUUCAUCGGCGUCAUCUCCAUUGUCUGCCUCUCGGCCACCUUGUUCACCUUCCUCACCUUCCUCAUCGACGUCACGCGCUUCCGCUACCCGGAGAGGCCCAUCAUCUUCUACGCCGUCUGCUACAUGAUGGUGUCCCUCAUCUUCUUCAUCGGCUUCCUGCUGGAGGACCGGGUGGCCUGCAACGCCUCCAGCCCCUCCCAGUACAAGGCCUCCACGGUGACCCAGGGCUCCCACAACAAGGCCUGCACCAUGCUCUUCAUGGUGCUCUACUUCUUCACCAUGGCCGGCAGCGUCUGGUGGGUCAUCCUCACCAUCACCUGGUUCCUGGCUGCCGUGCCCAAGUGGGGCAGCGAGGCCAUCGAGAAGAAGGCCCUGCUGUUCCACGCCAGCGCCUGGGGCAUCCCGGGCACCCUCACCAUCAUCCUGCUGGCCAUGAACAAGAUCGAGGGCGACAACAUCAGCGGCGUGUGCUUCGUCGGCCUCUACGACGUGGACGCGCUGCGCUACUUCGUGCUGGCGCCCCUCUGCCUCUACGUGGUGGUGGGGGUGUCCCUGCUGCUGGCAGGAAUCAUCUCCCUCAACCGCGUCCGCAUCGAGAUCCCGCUGGAGAAGGAGAACCAGGACAAGCUGGUGAAGUUCAUGAUCCGCAUCGGCGUCUUCAGCGUGCUCUACCUCGUGCCCCUGCUGGUGGUCAUCGGCUGCUACUUCUACGAGCAGGCCUACCGGGGCGUGUGGGAGACCACAUGGAUCCAGGAGCGCUGCCGGGAGUACCACAUCCCCUGUCCCUUCCAGGUCACUCAGAUGAGCCGUCCAGAUCUGAUUCUGUUCCUCAUGAAGUACCUGAUGGCCCUGGUGGUUGGGAUCCCCUCGGUGUUCUGGGUUGGAAGCAAGAAGACCUGCUUUGAGUGGGCCAGCUUCUUCCACGGGCGCAGGAAAAAGGAAGUCGUCAACGAGAGCCGCCAGGUGCUGCAGGAGCCGGACUUCGCGCAGUCGCUGCUGAGGGACCCCAACACGCCCAUCAUCCGCAAGUCGCGGGGCACCUCCACGCAGGGCACCUCCACGCACGCCUCGUCCACGCAGCUGGCCGUGCUGGACGAGCAGAGGAGCAAGGCUGGCAGCGUCCACAGCAAAGUCAGCAGCUACCACGGCAGCCUGCACCGCUCGCGGGACGGACGGUACACUCCCUGCAGCUACAGGGGCGUGGAGGAACGACUACCUCACGGCAGCAUGUCGCGACUGACCGACCACUCGCGCCACAGCAGCUGCCACCGGCUGAACGAGCAGUCGCGGCACAGCAGCGUCAGGGACCUCAGCAGCAACCCAAUGACACACAUCACCCACGGCACCAGCAUGAACCGCGUCAUCGAGGAGGAUGGCACCAGCGCCUGACCCUCCUCAGCCCGGUGACAGCGCUCGGAGUCAUCCUCAGCCUCAGCCGGGCUCGGCUUCUCUGCGUGGGACUUGAGUCGCUGAGUAAAAAGCUGGUUGUGUGCUCUGAACCUCUCUGGAGGUAAUUAUUUAUUUGAUAACUGUUCCUCGUCGGACACGACUGCUGAAUUCCUAAUUCUCUGUGGAAAACAAUCUCCCCCUCCCUUCUCUCUCCCCCUCCCUGUGUCCCUCCUUCCGUGGGCUUGGCUGAAACCUCGGUGUCUUGGCUGAAACCUCGGUGUCUUGGCUGAAACCUCGGCGUCGGGGUGGUGCUGGGAGUUGUUCUGAUGAGACUUGAGGGAACUCGUGAUGGUUGAAGGAAUCCCUCCGUGCGCCUCCCUGCAGGGGACACGGCCAGCGCUGCCCGAGGGACAUUCCUGCGAGCUGGCAGCGUUUGGUGACCCUGGAAACGCCACAGGAAUGAAAGGAAGCUCCUCUGAGGAUCACCAGCUCUUCCCAGAGCUGUCCAGGCUCAGUUUUCCACAGGGUGGGGGGAAGAGAGAGGCAGGGAAGAGCGAUUUUUUUAUAACUUGUAUUGUCCUUGCUUUUUUACAAAAGACUAUUUAAAUUUUCUACUCGUUUACAGUUUCUGUAGGAAGAGAUGGGUUUUAAAAGCAGUUAUCUAGAUAAUAUUCAGCCAUUUAUUUUUUAGAGUCAUGUAAAAAAGCUGAGAUUGCCUGUUCCUGAUCUAUUAAAAAAAAAAAAUAAGAUUAUCACAGGAAAGCUGAAUUUGUCCCCCAAACAGGAAUGUAGAGCCCGUCCUUACAGCCAGAGCUGAGCCUGUUUACAAACCCCAGCAGCUGAGGCCAGGGGACCACAGGAGUUUAUUCAAUGAUUCCCCACCUUCCGUGUGAUGUCAGAGCUGGUCUGGGGAGGAUUCUCUGUGCUGAGCAAGAAUUCAGAGAUGGGUGGAGAAACUGAGGCAGGAGCUGCCCCCAGAUGGGGAAAAGGAGGAUGUGGCAGCUGGAUCCCCAGUUCAGGGAUCUUGGGUACAGAUCUGCCUCUGCUGUGGUUGUUUUAAUCCCCUUCUGCAGAUUCAUGGCAGGGAAUUCUCAGCUUGGGCUUUUUUUUUGUGUGGAAAGGAUCCCUUGGGAUACACUGGAGGCAGAAAUCCAGGAUGGUGCUGGAGAUCUUCUGGAGCGUCUUCUGUGGAGAUUGAUCCAGCGCAGGGAAACACUGCUGGCUGCAAACCUACCUCAGUAAUCACUGCUGGGAAACAAAUCCUUAUUUUUGCAUUGUCCUUCCAUAAUUCCCUCCCUGACCUGCUGGAGGCAUUUUGAGAAACCUUUGUGCACCAACCUCGAGGGCAGGAGCUGCUCCACAAUUAACUCGUUUUAAUUGCAGCUCAUAACCUGUGUGCUGUGCAAUCAAAGGCUCCCGGAUUUAUCCCAAAUUGUCUCUCUUGCUUCCAGCGGGUCAGGAGGAGAGGGCAAAUGGAGCCCAGCGUGGAAUAACAAAGCUCUUUGUUGUGAGCCCCCAGGGCCCUGGGGCAGAGCAGGCUCUGCUUUGCCUGUUUGCUCAGCAAACAGCCCUGGGGCCAGCCCAGGGAUAGUCCCAGCCUAAGGAUAGCCCUGGCCUAAGGAUAGUAACUGUCCACAUCCAAAGCUGUGGAAAAAUCCUUUGGAGCGACUCAGGGAGGAGAAGCUGCAACUCCCUGGAAGCCCCAAGGGUGGAACCUUUGCUGUUUUCCAAUCCAGCUCCUCCUGACUCACUGCCUCCAAGGGGUGAUCUGGUAGAAAUCUGGAUAAACUGAGUUUUCCUAAACACUGGAGCUGAAUAAAUAAGCUCAAGGGUUUACGUUGAUCCUCCUGGCUCAACUUCCAGUAUUUUUUUAAAUAAAUUAUAGCAAUGCUUUGACUUGUUCAGAGGCAGGGAGAGGAGCACUGUUGGAGCUUGGAGAAGGAUCCUGCUGGAAAUGUUGUUAAUUUGUGAGGCUCAGUCCCAGUCCUGCUUCCAGAUGGCAAUGUCUGAGUCGUUCCUUGCUGAUCCUGAGGGGACAGGCUCCCGUCACCCCAGAGAGGUGAUUAAACUCAGACUGGGGUUCUGGCUGGGAUUUUUGCCUCCCUACCCCUCCCUUCUACCUUCAACACCUGAGCCAGCACUGCUGUGCUCUCCUGGCGGGCAUUCCUCCCGGGAAGAGAGGAAUUCCUCCCUCACCGUGGAGCAAUGCCCCAGCU